CCCGGAGCCGCGGGCGGGCAGCAGCCGGGGCAGGUCUCGGGCAUCUUGGAUGCGUUUCCUCGGCCGGGUCCUCUGCAAGGCUCGGGUGCUCCGAGGGAGAUCUGAAAAAAAAACCCCAAACCCCAAAAUCAGUGAGGCAUUUAAAAAAAAAAUCAUAUUGUGUGCGUCAGAAUAAACCUUCGGAUUGUGAGGAGUAAUUACAAGUCAUCAAAUGGGCUUGCUGUAAGUGGACAUGUUUUUGUUUCAAAGCUAUCCGCUAAUCUUCAUAGAGAACACCCCGGGAUAAGGAAGGCUGUGUAAGGGAAACAUUAGAGUGGUGUGCAGCAGAUAUUUCGCAUACAUGUAUUUUACAUACACUUAUUAUUUCUUAUCUUGUCUACUAACCCUUUGGCACCAGGAAUUUGGGUUUACGGAUGAUACACACCUCUUCAGCAUUUUUUGAUCUUUUCCCUUUAGGAUUUCCUAAGACGUAUUUUUUUCCCAAGUCUCUCUGAAGUCUAUAUAAUACAAGACUGAGGUUAUGAAGUCAAUCCUAGAUGGCCUCGCAGACACGACUUUCCGCACAAUUACAACAGAUCUGCUUUACGUGGGUUCCAACGAUAUCCAGUACGAAGAUAUUAAAGGUGACAUGGCCUCCAAGCCAGGAUACUAUCCACAGAAAUUCCCAUUAUCUUCCUUCAGGGGUGAUCCUUUCCAAGAAAAAAUGACGGCAGGAGAUGAUCCCCUAUUAAGUAUCAUUCCAUCGGAUCAGAUCAAUAUUACAGAAUUUUACAACAAGUCCCUAUCCUUCAAGGAUAAUGAUGAGAAUAUACAGUGUGGAGAGAACUUCAUGGAUAUGGAGUGUUUUAUGAUUUUAAACCCUAGUCAGCAGCUGGCCAUUGCAGUGCUGUCCCUUACUUUGGGCACCUUCACCGUUUUGGAGAAUCUUCUAGUGCUUUGUGUCAUCCUGCACUCCCGAAGCCUCAGGUGCAGGCCCUCCUACCACUUCAUUGGGAGCUUGGCAGUAGCUGACCUCCUGGGCAGUGUAAUUUUUGUCUACAGUUUUGUCGAUUUCCAUGUUUUCCAUCGGAAAGACAGUCCUAAUGUUUUUCUGUUCAAGUUGGGUGGAGUUACAGCCUCAUUCACUGCCUCAGUAGGCAGCCUUUUCCUUACUGCAAUAGACCGGUACAUAUCUAUACACAGGCCAUUAGCUUACAAAAGGAUUGUUACCAGACCAAAGGCUGUUGUAGCAUUCUGUGUGAUGUGGACCAUAGCUAUCAUAAUAGCUGUCCUUCCUCUGCUUGGCUGGAACUGCAAGAAGCUCAAUUCUGUUUGUUCAGACAUAUUCCCUCUCAUUGAUGAGACCUAUCUGAUGUUCUGGAUUGGAGUCACCAGUGUGCUCUUGCUGUUCAUCGUCUAUGCCUAUAUGUAUAUAUUGUGGAAGGCUCACAGCCAUGCUGUCAGAAUGAUUCAGCGUGGCACUCAAAAAAGCAUAAUAAUUCAGACUACAGAGGAUGGUAAGGUACACAUCACUAGACCUGAUCAAACUCGUAUGGACAUCAGGUUAGCCAAAACCUUGGUCCUUAUUUUGGUGGUUUUAAUCAUAUGCUGGGGCCCUUUACUUGCAAUUAUGGUGUAUGAUGUCUUUGGGAAAAUGAACAAGCUCAUUAAGACUGUUUUCGCAUUCUGUAGCAUGCUCUGUUUGAUGAAUUCAACAGUGAAUCCCAUUAUCUAUGCUCUAAGGAGCAAGGACUUGAGGCAUGCUUUCCGGAGUAUGUUUCCAACUUGUGAAGGGACUGCACAGCCUCUUGAUAACAGUAUGGAGUCUGACUGCCAACACAAGCAUGCCAACAAUGCAGGUAAUGUUCACAGAGCUGCUGAAAGCUGUAUUAAGAGCACAGUUAAGAUCGCCAAAGUGACCAUGUCUGUCUCCACGGACACAACUGCAGAGGCAUUGUAAGUCAAAUACCUCUCAGCAUUCUGAGAAAAGAAAUUAGUUUAAAAAAAGACUCAAAGUGUUUGUUCCCUCAUCUGUAACAUUUUUAAGUUUACUGAUCAUUUUAAGAAUCAUUGCCAUCAGCCAACUCUCCAAGUUUUACAAUUAGGGAUUCAAACAAAACAAUUUUCACUUAAAAAUGUUGAUUGAAUAAUAAAGAGCAAAUUGCUGAAAGAAUGUAUAGAAAAUAUGGAAUUGGCAAAAUCUUAAGAAGUUUGUGCUAAAAAAUGGUGAAACCUAAUUGAAAACUAAGACAUCAUAAAACAACUUCAUCAAAUAAGAAAAAGCCUUGUAAUCAUAAUUUUCAUUGCAAUGUGAAAUGUAUUAAAUGUCUGUAAGUAAUAGAAGUUUUGAGGUGUUUUUUUUCCCCCAAAAAGCGGCAGUACUGAGUUUUAGCAGUUUUGUAAAACGUGUUGUCCUGUGAAAUGUAUGCUGUUUUUAUUAUGUGUUAUUGAUAUUUGUCUAAUUAAAAAAGUGAUAAGGUAGACUUAUGUGGAAAUGUGAAUUAUGUGGUAUGUAAACCCCAUUGAAAACAUUUAACUGUAUUUGAAAAAUUCCUAUGAGUUAUUUUGGGAAUUUACACUUUUAGUGGUCUUCUGUGGACUUAGAGGAAAGGCUUUGUAUUUCUUCUACUAAAAUUAUUUGACAUUAGAAAUCCCCAUUAAUUUUGUUGAGGGUGUAAAGAAUAACAGCAACAAGAGAAUAUAGAAGUAUGUAAGUGCAAGGAAUGCAUUGGUUCAGACUUUUAAAUACCACUGCGUAUAAACAUAAAGACAUUUAUUGUUAUACAGACUAUUUCCUUUCUCUUGGGCACAUGUGAAUAUGAACACUGAGAAGAGAAGGUACUGGAUAUUGGCUUCUUUAGCUGGCAACUGUUUUUGGUCUCAUGCUAUCACUGGACUUCUGAAGACAGCAUGUGUCAGACUCAUUGUGUAAUGUUAUCACUGCGCAGUUGAUGUAUACUUGACGUGUGUUUGCAUUCCUAUAUCCAGAUUAAACAGAUUCAAAGCCUGAGAUGCCAAACUCCAGUCAUUACUAAAAAAAGGAGGAAGUAUUGCCAGGAUUAGACUUUUUUAUUAUGUGUGAGCGGGUAUAGUAUUAAAUAUCUGUGUGUACAUGUAUGUGUGUGUGCACGUGCACAAAAAUGUGUGCAUGUGUAUGUAUUCUAAAUAAGUGUGAGUCAUUUUACUAGGCUAGGAAACUAUGACCAAACGUAAGCUGUAUUUCUUGUUGCGUGCUUUGCACAUGAAUUCUGUUUCUAAAACUGAGCUCUUCCACCUGACUAGUUAUGAAAUUAACUGGUUUUAAGAUUCAGAACAUGCUAGCAAAUCCAUAUUGGGAGACUUAUCCAUGUAUUAGAGGAAACAGCAUUUUGGUUUUACAAAAAUAGACAACUGAAAAUCAGUGUUUUACAGUACUUUAAACACAUUGUGAAUGCUGAAGAUAAAAAAAAAAAAAAUUAUUCUUAAAGUCCUUGAGUAUUACUUGAGUCCUUGGUUCAAAAGAGGAUGGAGCUAGACUGUUCUCUGUGGUGGCAGAUAACAGAACAA